AUGCAAGACCAAUUACAAGAGCAAUUGGCCAAGAUGCAAAAUGACAUGAGGGAGCAAAUGCUAGAGGCUCAGAAGAAUAUGAUGGCCGAGAUGGCUCAGUUCCUGAGGGCCACCGAUAAAAGAAAGGCCCCUAUGGCUAUUACUGGAGAGGAUAGCGAGGAUUCUCCUCCGGGUUUUACCCCACUCCAUGUGCCAACACAUACUGAGGCACUUCUUAGGAGGCCAUCUGUCACGAUAAGGCCUCACCAUGAGCCUGUCAAUACUGGAGUACCCAUGAACUUCCAAACUGGUUUAGGAUUCAAUGUGGGUGACAAUUCUGCCAAUCCAAUCAUUCCUGAUCUAUAUAUGGUGGAAAAGGAAGAUGAUGUUACAGAAGAUUUGAGGGCUGAAGCUGCUAGGCAGUUGGAUGAACGCUGCAGAUGGCUGGGGGAAAAGUUCAAGACAUUGGAGAGUGCUGAGGGGUAUCAUGGGAUUAAUGCCAAAGAUUUGAGUUUGGUCCCAGAUCUGGUGCUUCUCCAUAAGUUCAAAAUGCCGGAGUUCGAGAAGUACAAUGGUACUACUUGCCCAGAGGCCCACAUUACGAUGUUUUGCAGACGCAUGACGGGAUAUGUAAAUAAUGACCAGUUACUGAUACAUUGUUUCCAAGAUAGUCUAGUUGGAGCAGCAGCCAAGUGGCAAUAUGCACAAAGGUGGAGGGAAGUGGCCAUGCAAGUUCAGCCACCGCUCCUUGAAAAGAAAACCACAAUGCUCUUCAUUAAUACUUUGAAGGCCUCAUUCAUCAUCUAUAUGAUUGGGAAUACUACUAAAAGUUUUUCUGAUAUAGUAAUAGCGGGCGAGAUGAUUGAGAAUGCUAUAAGAGAUGGCAAGAUUGAAGUUGGAGAAACUACCAAGAGGUCAGUUCCAAAGAAAAGGGAGAAUGAAGUGAACAGUACGAGCUCAUACAAUAAAGAUCACUUAAGGUCAAUAACUGUCAAUCAACCAAAGGUAACUACGGUGGGGCAACAAGGUUCGACAAAGCAGGAAUCAAGCGUAAGGCAAAAUUUUGAAAAGCUCCAAUUUACGCCAAUCCCAAUGUCGUAUAAGGAGUUAUAUCAAAGUUUAUUUGAUUCACAUGUGGUGUCUUCAUAUUAUAUAAGGUCGUUGCAGCCCCCGUACCCCAAAUGGUAUGAUUCAAACGCUCAAUGUGAUUAUCAUGCGGGAGUAUCAGGGAAUUCAAUAGAAAACUGUACUGCCUUCAAGAAGACGGUUGAAAGACUCCUCGAGAUGGGGAUUGUGAAGUUUGAUGAUAUCCCAGGUACAAAGAGCUCGUUACCAAAUCACGGUGAUAAGGGAGUAAAUGCAAAUGAUUAA